AUGGCCUGGGACUCCACAAGCCCCACACGUGCUAAUCAAGUUCCAACUUCUGGAGGAUAUUACAUGUCAAGGCCACCAGAUUCAUGCAUUUACCCCCAAAAUAAUUCAAUUCAACUACAAGAAAAGGUUAACCCAAUUCCAACCUUUGGAGGGUAUUACAUGCCAAGGUCGCAUGCUUCACCCAUUUAUCCUGAGAGUAGUUCGAUUCAACUUCAAGAAAAUGGUCUUCUUAAUCCACUAUGGGGUAGAAGUUAUGCUAUAAGGAAUAAUAGCAUACAUGCAGAAAAUUUGACAGAAAAUUUGACACAGCUGGAGAUUGAUCCCUCGUUAGUUGUCGAUUCAUUCUUGCCAAACUCGAAGCCAACGAUUUCUCGUGAACCAAUGGAGCUUCAUUUCUUGCUUUUAAAUUUUCUUUUAAAACCAACACCUUUUGUUCGUCGGCCCCCCGUGGCGGUACUUCGGUCGACGCAUCAACAACAAAUCCAAAGAGACUAUAAACUGUCUGUGGAACUUUGGGACCUGGCGGUACUAUCUGGUGAAAGGGUUGUAGAUAGAUCGGGUCUUGAUCGGCACCCGGCGAAGGGAACAAAAACAAGGUCGCCACACGAUGCUCGGAGCUUGAAGAGGAAUUCAACUCUGAGGUGCCUGUCCCUGCAAGGCUGUAAAAAGGUGAAGGGAGAACAAGUAUACCGGGCCAUAAUAGAGACAUUGGAUACAAAAGCUCCCCACGUGAUACUGAGGUGGGGGAAUCAGGUUGGCAAAAAAAUUGACAAAAAACCCGAGAAAAAACGAUGGCUAAAAACGGAGAAAACGGGAAAUUCUUUGGCCGAAACAGUACCUAAUUUCAACUCAGAAAAAGCUCCCCACACAUUACAUCAAUGGCGUCAAUCUCCCCAACUCUCUCUCUUACCUUCUUCCUCCUCGCAUUCCUCAUUCUCGGCCGACCCACCCUGUCCGCUGGUUCCCCUGCAAAUUGGAGGGUUUUGA